AUGCAAACCAACCAUAAGAAGGGGGAAAACAAUAGGGACGGGAGAACGGGGAACAAUUCUAAACAUUGGACAUUUAGGCGAAGAACUCAGAACUCGAGGAAAGAAAAGAAUAAUGAACAUAACGAUGAAGAAACAAUUAAGUUGGAGAGAAGAAAAGCACGAUUUGCAAAAGAACAGCUGGAAAUAAAGUCUAAGGAAAGCAGGGAGUUUGGAUUAGUUAGCAGGGGUCAAGAUAAUCGUCUCCAGAAUGAUUCAAGUGCAAGAAAUAUACUAUUAGACGAUACUAAACGCAUGAUUGAUGAUUACAGACACAAGGAUCAAUCCCUUGAAACUAGAGAUCAGAUUCUUAUGAAUUUCCGGAAAUUGCGGGAAAGCAUUCUUCGAAUCAAAUCAGAUGAGUUCGUGAAAAGUGUACUACUGGCAUCGAUGCAUUUUUCAAUUACCAUUGAGCAUUACCAAUCAUAUAUUCCAUCCAUGGAGAAAUUAUUAGAAAGAGAGAGCAUCGACGCUACUUUCUUAGAGGAGAAAGAGUUGGAAGAAGUUUGGCUUUACUUUAUUCUCCACAUCGUUCAUUUUAGUAAGGAAUAUGAGAGGGGCUUUUCAUUACUCUUUGAAAAGGUUGCUGGAAACGGUAAAAGGUACCACAAAAUGCUUUAUAGCGAUACAAUUGAAAGCAUGACGAAUGUCCAAUUGACAUAUAAAUUGAUCGAGGCUUUUACGGAACAUAAUUACUUCAAGUGGUUGCAAAUAUACAACUAUCUUGGAACGAAAACGGAUGAUCAAGUAAAGCAACACAUUAGAUCAAUUUUGAAAGCCACCGCCUUACAAGAUACUCUUGAAGAUAUUUCAAAAACACUACGGAGCAGCUAUUUUGUACUAGAUUAUCCAUUCUUUAAAGGUCUUCUUGGAAUGGAUGCCUCGGAACUGGUAUCAAUAACUAAGGCAAACUGGGUGUUAGACGACGAUGCUGGCCUUGUAACAUUAAGAGAAAGAGUACAAAAGCAACGAGCCAUCAAGAAAGCGUAG